GCGAGAGAGGGACUUAAGGCCCGGCUGGUAGUGGGGGAAAAGCUGCAGCGCGCAGCGAAGCUAUCUGAAUGCCCGGCGGUGAGUUUCAGCGACAGUAAGCGAGAAGAUACCAUGACGCGAUCACCUACACCGGCUCGGUGCUGCGGCCGCUCCUCGCUGGGCCUUCUAGUCACCACCGCGGUGCUUCUCGUCGCUGCGCAACAAUGCAGCGCCGCGUACUACGGGAAACUCAUUGGCAAGCUAUCUCAACUUCAUCACGGAGUCAGCGGCGAAGUUUACGCAGUCGAUGCCAGGACGCUCUUCAUCAAAGACUUUACGUACGACGGCGAAGGGCCAGCCGCUUACUUCUACGCCGGCCACACGAAGAUCGUCGGCAACAACGGAUUCAAGGUCCGGGAUGAGCGCGGAACGACGAACGUCCUCAAGCGCUACAGGAAGAAGGACAUCACCCUGACGCUUCCCGAGGGCAAGACCCUGGCCAACAUCAAGUGGUUCUCCGUCUGGUGCGACGAGUUCGCCGUGAACUUCGGCGACGUGAAGAUCCCUCGCAACUUCGACUACCCGAGGCCGCAGAAGCUUGAAGGCUUGAGUGGUAUCCAUGGGGUCAGCUCCGAACCGGCCGUCGUCGUCGACGCCCAAACCCUUCUCAUCCCGAGCUUCAGCUACGACGGCACCGCUCCAGACGCCAAAUUCUGGGUGGGCGCGGGUCCGUCACCUUCUCCCCAGGGUAUCCGCGUACCCGACGAGAACGGCAAGGAGGUGCCGCUUCGCCGCUACGACCGCAAGACCAUCGUCCUCACACUACCCGGUGACCUGACCGUCCACCAGCUCGGCCACUUUGGAGUCUGGUGCGAGGCCUUCGCCGUCGACUUCGGACACGUCCAGAUCCAGCAGGGCCUCAACGUACCGCCUUCGCUCAAGAUGCUGGGCAUCUCGCCACAGAAUGCGCGCGGAGGGCAGGGACAGGGCUUGACACCGGCACACUCACACAACGUCCAAGAAACCUCACAGCUGGCGGCUCUCGCUCAGAGCAGCCUGGCGCUCCAGCAGCAGCAUCAAGACCAGCACCAGUACCGGCGUCCGACGACGUACCGGCCUCUGCUCGUCCAGCGCCGAGACGGUCCAGCUCCUGGGACAUCCGACGUCCAGAUCGUCCCGGCGCUGGACUACAGAGUGCCGCUGCUGGCUGCCGAUGGCAUAGUCGCCAGGCUGCACCAGCUGAGGGCUAACGUACAGGACGACGGGGAGUUGAUCGGUUACACGGGCUUGCAGCAGCCCAGCCUCGCUCAGAGGAGGGUCGACAGAGGUGGUGUGGCCCAGAGUCAACCGGUUCAGGCUCACGCCAGGUUCCAGCAGUAUCAGGGCAGGCAGAAGCUCGAGAGCUACCGCGUGCAGUAUUAAGGGACUGUGCGAGCGAGUGGAUCGGUUGGGAAACCGUUGAGAGUGGAAGGGGUCGUUGUCGCGCGUGUGUGUUCGGCGGAAGUAUCGGAAAACCGUCAGAGGAGUCUUCCCCAUCGCGAGCGAGCAAUUCGUUUUCCGCUGAGAAUUUUACGCCGGCACAGCUGGGCUGCUUCGUGUACGUCUAUACUUUUCCGGGGGGCAAACUUUGGGGGAAGCUCGAUGAAAGGGAUGCUGCACAGGGAAGUAUAUAUUGUUGUUCAAACGAACCCAAAUUUUAAAAAAGGGAAAUUUCAAUUGGAUCAGCCGCGUACAACUAGACACUCGUGUAAAGACGCGCGAGUCGUUUUCCUUUUCCUCGAGUAGCGAAACCGCACGCGAAAUGUGUCUCCCGGCUUUUCAAUUAACAUUCCAGUCUCGCUUUUCCCACGAGCGUCAAAGUCCAGAACUUGAAUUUUAGCUCCCUUCCUUUCCGCGCUGCUUUCCCUUUUGUGUACAUUUAUUUAGCGCAGAGUGCUAAUUCAUCGGACACGACUACUAUCCUUUUCUGCGUCUCGUAAAAAACGAAAGUGUAUUGCUUACGCAGUGUGUUCCAGUUUUUGGUUUGUGAAUUCACUUCCACUUCGCGAUUCGGAGAAACGUAUAUGCGAAUCUUGUUGGAAUCUAAGUGAAGAUCCUUACGGCGGCAAACCCAUCGGCCUUGCUGGCACCGCAGAAUGCGGCGCUGAUUAUUAAUAGGGUCUCGGGGCGACACCGUAGCAAAAACCGGCCGCGGCUUUACUUAUCUCGCGACGCGAGCUUACACGCAGCGAGUUUUUACGCUUGUGGGACAUUCAUCAUUCGUUUUAUGAUCAGGCGGUUGAUGAUUUUGAGGUGACAAUGACACUUUUGUUCUCAGCGGUUUUUUUUUUACAGAGGGUGGUUCAAAACUUUUAAUUGUCUUCUAUAUAUUCUCAGUAUUAUAAGGUUUAUUCAAAGAAAACCUUUGACGUAUUUUUUAAACUUAAUUUUUCACGAUUAAAAGCUCCUUCGCAUACCCGUACAUAUUUCCAGUGUAAAAUCCGUUAUUAAACGUUAACACACCGCUGACUCGAAUAACCUACAUAUCAAGCUUAAUUAAUAAAUUUGCGCGUUUUUUUUUUUUUUUUGGAUUUUCAAGUUGAUAUAAUCAAUGAUGUAUUUUCAGUAUUUAUUUUCGUUAGAACUCAUAUACACAGCUUUUAUCGGAAAACCCAGGAAAAUCAGGAUAAUUAGAGUUUAUUGAUAAAACAUGCAUCGGAAUAGAGCAAAAUGUACACGCAAACUCUUCGCGUCCAAUAUAACAUUAUACAAGCUUCCAUCGAAUUUCGAUUUGUAUACCUUUAUAGAACAGUAUGGCUAAAAUCCGCAAGUCACGCCUAUCUGUGACUAAAUCAGUCCUUUUUUGCACCGUAUUUAUCACACUCGCUACGCUCGUGCGCUAACCUC